GAUUGGCAAUUCCCUCGCAGCUGGCAACCCACUCGAAAAUCGCAAUAACUUUGGAAGAAUUUUUUCAUCGUGAGAAAAACAGAGAAAAUGAGUGAUAGAUCCGGUCAUUUUGGAGUGAAUGGUGUGAAACCCAGUGGAAUGGUUAAUGGUGAAGUGAAACAGCCCUUUUUGAUUGGGGUGGCUGGUGGAACGGCAUCAGGAAAGUCAACGGUAUGUAAGAGGAUUAUGGAGCAACUGGGGCAAGCUGAUAUGGAUCACACACAGAGACAGGUUGUGUGCAUAAGUCAGGACAGUUUCUACCGCGAAUUGACUGCAGCUGAAAAGGCCAAAGCCGAGAGGGGUGUGUACAAUUUUGAUCAUCCUGAUGCCUUCAAUGAGGAUCUCAUGCUGAAGACACUGCAAGACAUUUUGGCCGGAAAGAAGGUGGAAAUUCCAUCGUAUGACUACCGCUCAAAUUCCCUUCGUCCGGAACGACUCAUCACCAUCUAUCCCGUGGACGUGGUGAUGUUUGAGGGCAUUCUGACCUUCUACUUCCCAGAAAUUCGAGAUUUAUUCCACAUGAAGUUAUUUGUGGAUACGGAUUCGGACACUCGACUGGCUCGUAGGGUACCACGGGAUGUCAAUGAAUGGGGCAGAGAUCUGGAUCAAGUGCUCAACUACUAUCUGAACUACGUGAAGCCCGCCUUUGAGGAAUUUUGCUCACCGACAAAAAAAUUCGCCGAUGUUAUCAUUCCACGAGGAGCUGACAACACAGUGGCAAUAGACCUUAUUGUGCUACACAUCGGCGAAUUGCUUCGUUCCGGAGGCUCCACAGCCAAUCUGCCGCCUCUUUUCCCCAUGCAACGGCGUGAUCGAGAGCACUAAUAUCGAUUAGAUUUACUAACUUAACCAAGCGUUAUACACUUAGUUUACUACUUAAAGAAAAUGUAUAAACCUCCCUUUAGAGGUGGCUUUUACUAUAAAUAUCAUUUUUUUUUUAGUUUUUACCAAUUGUAUAUCAAAUAAGUGAAAUGUAGUUGAAAAUGCUCUGUAAUAAUUAGUCACGCAAAAUUUGCUGUAAAAUCACCAAAAAAGUAUCUGUAGUUUAAUGUUUUUUUUUUUUUAUUUUUUAUUAAAGAACAUUGUGUUUUUAGCAUUUUAACUAAUAAGAAAAAAAAAAGUUCUUGUAAGAUUUGUCUUUUGGACAUUUUAUGAUAUGCGUUUUAUUCUUGUUUCUCAUUUAAUUAUUUUCUUUCUUUUUUUUAUGGUAGUCAGAGCAUUGAUUUAUUUGCUGUAGAAAAUACCGAUCGUCAGUGUAUCAAGGGUAAAUUUUUAGGCGUUCUUGUAUACACGAAAAAAAAACGUAUUUGCACAAUUUAUUGAAAUAAAACAAAGAAAAAACAGGGCGAAAUUUGUUCUGAUAACUCUCAAAUUAUAUCAUUCCCGAUUUAUUUAUUUUUUUCUACUUGUACUGAAAUUUUUUUCUGGAAGAAAUGAUCUGUAAGAAGUUUACUUAAAAAUACUGAGAAAAAAAUGUUGUAAAAUUAAUUCAAUCAGUGAUUUUCUAUUUUUUUCCCUUUAAAUGUGAAAACUAAUGAGGAUUGUCCUACUCUGAAAAAAAAUGUUUUGUCAAAUUAACAAGACAAGUUUGUAAAAAGGAUGUUCUUCCAUACAGAAUAUGGAAAAGUUUUGUCAAAUCGGCGACCAACUGGAUCUUGUUAAAAGUUUGUGAAAAGGGUGUUUUUCCAUAUAAAAUGCAAGAAAAAGUUUUGUCAAAUUGGUAAAUAACAUCCUUUUGACAAAAUUUCAACAAAAUCCAUUUGUUCCUUUAACAAAACAUUUUUUUCAGAGUAUGUUCUUAUUUAUAUUCUAUUUAAAGUUCUCUUUUAAUGGGUUACGUGUGUCAAAUAGACUAAAAAAAAGAAUAUUUUCUCUCAUUCUUUUUCAACAUUUAUAAAAAAUGUUUUUAAUUCAAGCUCUUAAACAUAUAAAAGUGCAACAUUAAAAAUAUUCUCUGAAAUUUUAAUUUAAAAAUUCAGUCGUUGGGACCUGAUUUUUGGACACGGUAUUAGAAAAAAAUUAAGUGGGAAAUAACUUGAACUAUGGGAUAAAUUAUACCGGAGGCCGCUAAAAUCCCGAAAGGGCCAAAAUCCCGAAUGUUCUUCAAAAUCUUAAAAGGAAUGAAAUUAUAUGGAGAAUGAUGUGUAGGGGAAAGUGGGGUACCUUUGAAUUGGGGCGCUUUAGAAAAUUAGAUUUUUUCACCUAUUUUUAAAAAGAACUGAGCUAUAUCUUAAUGUAAUUUAGCUUAGCAGUUUGUAAAGUUAAAUUAUAGUAUCAUAUCAAGGUUCAGUUCAAUUUAAAGAGAUGCCAAAGCGUCCCAGCAUUACUGAAUGCUCGAACUCAUGAGAUAGAGCUCACCGUGUAGUUUUUUUGCAUAAUCUUUUGGUAUUACUGAUCUACCAAAGAUCAAAUUGAUUCAUAAAUCACAAAAGCAUUUGAAAAUAAAAAAAAUCGGUACUUAACAUCGUUAGCAGCCGGGUUAGAAAUUUCAAUACCAUUCCAAAAAAUUCAAAUUUAACUAAAUCGGGUGAAAAAUGAGCCUUCCAAAGUGGUUGACCUUUGACAUUCAAUAAUUCAAAAUGGCGAAUUUUCUGGUCAUAGGUAUGUCUGGGCGAAAUGUUCGCCUGGACUAGCUCUAAAUAUCCAAAAAUCAUUGAAAAAGCUUGGGCAAAUUUUGAGAAAAACCGAAAAAAAUGGUUUUUAGAGGUGGGGAGGGCAAUAGGGGAAAAACGUCUAGGGAUAUUGUUUUUUUUAUUUAUGAUGAAUUUUAAACAGACGGCUUAUUGAAGUCUUCCCAAGGAAAUUUACAAAGGAAAAUCGAAGAUUUUCUUUAUCAUUAAAAGCAAAACUGGAAACUAUUAUUCACUCUCUGACAACUAAUCAAGAAGUUUAUCAGCUAUCUAAACCACCUAAACCAUUUAAAAUCCUAAAAAUAGGAUUUGAAUAGAACUUAUGCUGAUUAUUCAUGUUUUUAGUCAAAAAACGUUUUUGUACAUUUUGUCUAAAUCUAUCAAAAUCGUUAAAAUCCGUGCAGAAAUAGACUAAAGAACAGAAUUUCCUUGAACAACUGUUCCUAAGUAGAUUAUUUCCUAAAAAUCUUAGUAAAAAAAUUUAUUGUUAAUGUUUUUCAUUAAGGCAAACACAUAAAUAUUGGAUUAGAAUGAGGUUUUCGUGAUUUUUCGAAAAAAAAAUCUUGUUUUUUGUUUUCGAAAAACGUUUCUUUGGGGUAUCCCCAAAUUUAUCAUUCAAUUUGGCCCUUAUUUACUUAAAUGCUGGCACCGCCCUUUGACAACGGUCGAUGCAACCGACGAUAUGCUACAAUCCGGAAACAGUUAAUAGUUUUAGUAAGACAGAAAUUGGAAAAACAAAUAAACAGUGAUGCCUUCGGAACACCUUUUAGCUCGGUAUAAUUUCAUGAAAUCAAAAUUCACUUCUCUUUCUCUCUCAAAAGAAUUGCAUAGGUCUCUCUCACGCUUUCGGCCUCAAAACUGAACUGAACUAAAUUUAAUUUAGUGUGAUGUUAAAAAGAAGAAGAAGAGUGCGAAAGAGUGGGAUAGACGUAUGGAGAGGCUUUAAGAAAGGGAUGUGAAUUUUGACUUUAUGAAAGUUUUUGAUCGAAAAAAAUUAUGGAGCUAAAUAAUAUCACGAUAAAGUUCAGUUCCAUUUAAAAAUAGGAGAAAUAAUUCAAUUUUGAAACUGCCCCAAUUCAAAAGUGCCUCACUUCCCCCUAUUAGUAUAUUUUUUCUUCUUUCUCAUUAGUAAAACAUUCAUAUUAAUUUAAUUUUAUGAAAUUAACAAUUAAGUUAUUAAAACAUAAUACGGAUUUGUAAACAAAACCACUUCCGAACCAGUAAAAAAACCAAAUUUUAAAAUUAUUUUUACAAAUCAUUUCUUCUUGAAUACUGAAAUCUACAAAAAAAUCAUUUUUUUCCAUUUUCUGUAUCUUACCAUAAAAUAUUACUCACUGAAUGUGAAUAAAAAAUUAUUUAAAGAGAAUAUUUUGUCGUUUUUUGGACAAUUAUUAUGGUAUUUUUGUUAAUUGAUUUAAAUGUGUUUUGCAGUCGCUAUUGAACUGAUCGUUGAGCAUAUUCGGGAAUUCCUCAACAAUCGCUCUUCCGGCAGGAGUCAAGACUUCAAUCUUUCAUCUGCCGCUGCAAAACCUAAGAAGCCAGACAACAUAUCACCCCUCCAGAGGCUCCAUUGAAUUGUUCGCGGAAGGAACUGAUAUGUACAAAUCGUUUCGAAAAAAAUGCCUAAUCACGUGAGAAAGAUUCUGACCAAAUGUUUGAUAUUUCAGCACCAAAAAAAGAACAAAAGGUAAUUUAGAGCAAUAAUAUCGCAGAAUUUAUCAUUUGGAUUUUAAUAAGUUUUUGCGCGCGCUCUCUUUAAGACUUUUUAAUCACCAAUUUCUAGUCGCAAUUGGCUAUAAAGUAAAAUUAUAUAUUAUUUUACUCACAAGUUAUCUUUUUGAAUUUAUUAUUCACCAAAAAAUUAUCUUGAAUAUUUUGAGAACUGAUUAUAUUUACUCCCCUCCCCCCAAAGAUAUAUUUAUUAACUAAGCUUCAGCUUGUUAGAUUCUAUUGAGUGUUUUUUUUUUGAUUUGGCGAAGAGAAGUAAACAAAUUAAUUUUGUAAUACUUUUUUUCAUUUGAAAAUUACUUUUUUGGAAUAUUAUUUUGGAAAAAAAAAAUCAAAAAGAAUUUUCUAUAUUUAAGAUGUAUUUAUAGAAAAUAUUGUUGUUAUAUAUCUGAGAUAGAGAAAAAAUUGUAGAUAGGAAUAUAUUUUAAUAAAGAACGUGAUUAAGUUUGUUUUGUGUUGACAAAAGAAA